CGCCUCCGAUGCAACGGAGCCUUGGCCUACUCUGGGAUAUAAAAGCUGAUACCUUCACUUUCCAGGUUAACAGAGAAGAAAAACCCUUUACUCGCAGAGGAGUACUGUCAGCCAUAAGCAGUUUAUAUGACCCACUAGGAUUUGCAGCUCCUAUACUCAUCGAAGGUAAAGCUAUGUUAAGAGACUUCACCAGAGAAGGGUCGAACUGGGAUACUCCUCUUCCCAUGAAGGAAAGAACCACGUGGAUGGCCUGGAAGAAUUCCCUUACAGCCUUAUCCAAUCUUCACAUAGCUCGUCCAUAUGUUUCUGUACCAACUACCAAGGUUAAGACUCAAAAACUGUGUGUUUUCUGCGAUGCUUCAAUCAAAGCAAUUGCAGCUGUAGCUUACUUGAAGACAAUAGAUACCAGCGGACAUUGUCAUGUAGGAUUCGUCAUGAGUAAAGCGAAACUAACGCCACUCCAGGAACACACCAUACCACGCCUGGAACUAUGUGCCGCUGUGUUAGCGGUGGAGUUGGCCGAACUCAUCGUUGUAGAAAUGGACCUAGAGAUUAAAGACUCAGAGUUCUAUACAGAUAGCAAGAUAGUACUGGGAUAUAUCUGUAAUGAAGCUAGACGCUUCUAUGUCUAUGUCAACAACAGAGUUCUAAGGAUCAGAAGAUCUACCUCUCCUGAACAAUGGAAACAUGUACCUACACAUCUCAACCCUGCGGACCUAGCAACUAGAUCCGUCGCUGCUGACCAUCUCAAGGAUACAAUUUGGUUUACAGGCCCCACCUUUUUGUAUAAGCCGAUGCCCAACACAACAGAAACUGCCAUGUUUGAACUAGUAGACCCGCAUACCGAUGUUGAGAUACGUCCUCAGGUGUCUGCGCUACAUACAGAGACUUUGGACCACGACCUGAAAUCCCACAGAUUCAAUAGGUUUUCUACUUGGAUAUCUCUUGUUCAUGCCAUCACUUGUCUGACUCAUAUUGUUCGGUCGUACAAAGCGACCUCAUCGGCAGAUAAAAAUACCUGUAGAGGCUGGCAUCAUUGUAAACGUGUCUACACAGCUCUUGAGCUAGAGCGAUCAAGGAAUGUAAUCAUCCGAGCUGUACAGCGUGAAACCUAUGCAACGGAAAUCGACUGUAUAGUCAGCCAAAGAUCCGUGCCCAAAGGAAGUGUUUUAAGGAAACUUGACCCAGUGAUUGACGAAGAUGGGCUCUUGAGAGUAGGUGGACGUCUUAGGGAAGCCAAUGUGGACCUAAAAGAGAAACACCCUGUGAUAGUUCCUGGACAGCAUCAUAUAGCCACUCUGCUCGUGCAACACCACCAUGAACAGACAAAGCACCAAGGUCGGCUGUUCACAGAAGGAGCUCUAAGAGUGGCUGGACUGUGGAUUGUUGGAGCUAAAAGAUGUGUAUGCAGAUUCAUAUUUAAAUGUGUUACCUGUCGGAAACUUCGUGGUAUGUCGCAACCACCGAAGAUGGCAAACCUCCCGUAUGACCGACUAAGUACGGAUCCACCCUUCACUAAUGUUGGCUUAGACGUGUUUGGUCCUUGGCCUGUUGUUGUCCGUCAAACCAGAGGAGGCCGUGCGCAUGGAAAACGUUGGGCGAUUAUGUUCACCUGUCUGUCCAUCAGAGCUGUCCAUAUUGAAGUAAUUGAAUCGAUGGAUACUCCCUGUUUCAUUAAUGCUUUCCGACGUUUCAUCGCCAUCAGGGGACCUGUCAAACACAUUCGUUCUGACCGAGGCACAAACUUCGUCGGAGCAGCGAGAGAACUACAACUCUCUUCCAACUUAGAUGUCAACAACAUAGAAAGAUACCUCAGUGAGCGAGGCUGCACUUGGACCUUCAACCCACCACACUCUUCACACAUGGGAGGUGCUUGGGAGAGGAUGAUAGGCAUCGCACGGAGAAUCCUUGACUCAAUCUUCUUACAAGAAGGAUCUUCAAAGUUGACUCAUGAAAGCCUGACUACCUUCAUGGCGGAAGUAUCGGCUAUCAUAAAUGCUAGACCGCUAACUUCGAUUUCUAGCGAUCCUGAUGACCCAACAGUUCUUACACCUGCCACACUGCUUACACAAAAGACUGAACAAAUUUGUGCUCCUCCUGGAGAAUUUAAUUCCAAAGAUCUUUACAGAAAUCGAUGGAGACAAGUACAGAGUCUCUCAAACUCGUUCUGGGAUAAGUGGAAAAAGCAAUACAUUCCCACUCUGCAACCAAGGAGAAAGUGGCAAACCAGCAAGCCUAACCUCCAGCCCGGCGAUGUAGUCCUAAUGAAAGACUGCCAGUCACGAAGAAACGAGUGGCCGUUAGGUCUUGUGACUAAGACAUUCCCAAGUAAGGAUGGAAUUACACGUAAAGUAGAACUGAAAAUACGCAGACAGGGAGAAACCAAAUUGUUUCUCAGACCAGUAGGAGAACUCGUUCUACUGUUUACACCCAACGAAUACAAUAAUGACGUCGGUUGACGUCAAGCGGGGAGUGUUCUGUCCCUAGAUACAGGUCCAGUUGUUUGUAUGUUAUUAGUUGACAUUGCAUUCUUUUUACCUGUCUUAUAAUUCAUUUACUUUAUUAUUGUGUGGCAACAGCACCAUCUACUGACCAGUUCAGAAUUGCAUUUAGUCUCGUUUUUGCAAUGUAUUGUGGGAGCCACCAGAGGUAUUGUGGGAACUUCCUGCUUCUUCUCCUCAGUCCUGUCUUAUACAGCAUGCAGUCACCAUCUUGUCUCAGGAGCCUAAUCCUCAUCCCUUGGUUCCUACCUCAUCAGCCAGUUAUUGAGCCUGUUUUCAAGCAUAGUCGUUUCACCGCUUUCCUGUCAUUCUACUAUCAAUAAAAGAGGAAGUUAAAGCAGUACAAUUUCUUCUCUUCUUGAAUACGGGAUCGGUUUAGCUACAUGUCAGAUUACACACCGUGCUAACGUGUAUGAGGAC